AUGCUCUGGUGCUUCCUGGGGGUUCAGAUCGUGUGCGAUGAGUUCAUGGCCGCCAUCGAGGAGAUCACCAGCAAGACCAAGACGGUAAAGUGGGUAGCACCGGACGGCGUCCAGCGGACCAUCCCCGUCCGUGUCUGGAACGCCACGGUGGCGAAUCUGACGCUCAUGGCUCUGGGCUCGUCCGCGCCAGAGAUCCUUAUCAGUGUGAUCGAGCUUGUGACUGGCGACUGGUCCGCGGGCAGGCUCGGCCCGUCCACGGUGGUCGGCAGCGCCGCGUUCAACCUCUUCGUCAUCACCGGG